UUCUGAGACAACGCACCCUGAAGAUGCCCUGGGUGCUUUGUAGGCUAGUGCCCAAGAUGGAGCUGAGUAGAUUUACAACCUUCUGCAGCUUCUUUCGGUCCUGUGCAGUAGCCCCCCUCCCUCCCCACCAGACAGUGAUGCAGCUUGCAGCUCUCUAUGGUACAACUAUUGAAGAUUUUUGAGUGUAUUUGUUGACAUGCCAAAUCUCUUCAAACUCCUAAUAAAGAAUAGCUGCUGCCUUGCCUUCUUUAUAACUACAUCAAUAUGUUGGGACCAGGUUAGGUCAGGUUAGUUUGUCUUUUUUAUACCUUUUUUACUAUUUCCACAAAACUUUGGCUAGUUGGGGCAGACAUGUAAUUGAGUCAAAAUGUACCGGUCCCAUUGUGUCUCAGUUGACUGGAAUCCUCUGUAUUAAUGAUAAAGACAAUCUUUAUUGUUAUAUAGUCAGAGAUUUGCAAAAGACAGAAACUGACCUUACAUUCCAACAGUUCUGUGCUGACUGAUAGCUGACCUCCGACCAUUCACAGGAAAUCUAAGCGUGGCAUUUUUAAAAAUUCUCCAUCUGUUAUCAUCAACUUCCCCUAGAUACAGCACUGAGCUACACACUAGGGACGAUUUCCGGUGGCCAAUUAAUAUGGAAUAUGGGUGGGAAACAGAGCACUUGGAGGUUGCAGGAAGAAGCUGCGCAGUCCACACAGACUUCACCAGGUUUGGCAUCAAAUCCAAGUCUGUGGACCUGAGUCAGAGCUCUGUUGUCCUGUCCCCUCCUGUUCUUGAGAAAGUAAUCACCGGAAAGAGCAGUAAUCUGGCAAAGAAGCAAGAGACUGCAGAUGCUGGAAUCUGAACAAACCAACUGCAGGAAAAACUCAGGAAGUCAAACAACAUAUGUAAGAUGGAAGGAACUAUUGACGUUAUGGUGCAGUGGUGCAGUGUGAUGCAGUGUAGCUGCUAUAUUCCUUGACUAUCACAAGGUAGUGCUGUGCUUUCACAGGAUCAAAGUAAAGCAGUAAUUAAUAUAACUGUGUACUUGUCCAUUAAAGUAAGCAAAUCUGAUGUAAAAGCAUCUAGUGCAAGGCUACUCAGAGAUUAAAAAGCAAGUGAAUGUAAAUUUGCAGUCAGAAGAUCACACGUAUUAAAUUUAAUUAUUUGUCUAGUACAUUUACUUUUACCUAGUUAAAAAUUGAUGAGUUCUGAACCACUUUGGCAAUUCCUUUCCUCUCACAGAAGCUUCUCAGCCUGCAGAGCUCCUCCAGCAGGAUUGUUUGUUAGAACAGCGGUCUGCUUGUUGAUGAUAUUCCAACAGGUGAUGGAGUUUGAACAGAGCAGGUUGAUACAACUAAUUGGUUUACCAAUCCAUUUCAGAAGGCAGUUGUGAAUCAGGCUACAUCGACACUUGACCGGAUAAUUUUGAAAACGCCGGUUUCGCGUAAAAACGAUAAGCGUCCACACUAUGCAUUUUUAAAAAUAUCUCAGUCCACAUUGAAACAGAGAUUUCGGUGAAUCUCCUCCUCCUGCGCAUCUGCAGGACACAUCUACUGAAAACAAGAGACAUGUUUUUUUUGUUGAAUCUCACCGUAAAAGUGCGCGAUUGUGUAGUUACAGACUAGAAAAUCUUAAAACAAUGGGCAGCUGUUGGCUGUCACGCAGGAGAACUUAAAAGUAAAGAAAAACAAAUACUGGAGCAUAUGGAGGCAACAGACAGGGAGUUCAUGGACAGAUUGACCCGGCUGACGACAAACAUUGAAAAACUGACGAACUCUGUUGCAUUAAUAAAGCACCUUGUUAAAUGUAUAAAACAUGUCUGCAUCAGUAUUAUCUUGUAUUUCCAUACAAUGUUACAUUAGGCUGAUACACAUCUAUUGUGAGAGAAGUACUUGCAAAAAUAGGUAAGCCACCUUCAUACGAGCAAAGACAGAAAACGGCAAAGUGAGUAUACUUAUUUAUUCAGUAAGUUAUGGGUCAAAGUACUUGGUAAGUACAUUUCUAACUCUUUUAGCUUCAAUCUCGUUGCCGUCUGUUCUGAAAUUGUUAGGUUGCGUUCAAGAAAACAAUGAAAUGGCACGCUGCUAUCUGACAGCAUAUUCAGAAGUCUCCAGUUACCCUGUCCACACUGAUCUGCCCGAGCAGCAUUUUCAAAAAUACCCACCCUGGAAAGCGUUUCUGAAAAGCUCCAGUUUCCGGGGACGAAAACACCUUUUUAGUGUAGAUGGAGGGUAAAAAUGAAGAAAAAAACCUUGGUUAUGGAUUUAUCCAGCAUAGUGUGGAUGUAGUCUCAAUCUCAUCAAUGUGGACAUGUAAAUCCAGUUUAGAAAAAAGAGUAUAAAGGAUUUAAAGGACCAAAUGUGUUUUUAUGAUAAUCUGGUAGCUCCAAUAUCAUCAAUACCAAUAUUCUUUUUUUUUAAUUCCAGAUUUAAAAGGUAUUAAAUUUUUUGUAAAUACAUUGUUAAAAUAAAUUUAAGCAGACAAGAUUUCUGCUCUUGUUCUGUAUUAAUCAUUGCACAUAAAAACAGGAACAUGGAUUUUUAGUAUGACUGUCAAUAUAUAAUAUAAAUAAUGUGAGUUCACUAUCAUGUAUAUUAUGCCCAUGUCACACAGGGAUUGAUGACCUCUGUUCUACUCUGAGUGGACAUCACCCAAUACCUAAAACAUGCAUUAUUGGUUGAUUACAUUGUUUGAUCAAUAAAUUAUGUAUUUAAAAGUUUUAUUUAUUAAAUGUUGCAUUUGGUUCUACUUAAGUUACAGUUAAUGCAAUUUGGAAGGGAAAGGAGGCAGAGAAUGGAAGUUUGGUCCAAUUGGAGAAUCAGGAGAGAGAAAAAAAAGAGAGAGAGCCUUUGAAAUCAGUGCAAGAAACUUACCAAUGAAUGAAAGGGAAAAGGAUCAUAGAGGGGGAAGUUGAAGAGAACCUAAGUCUGAGAUAGAGAGAAUUACCUACGGGGAAGUGAUGAUAAAAACACAUAGGGGAAGGAAGAUGGAGGUGUAGGGAAAAAGAGAAGUUUGGUAUUCUUCAGCUCAUGAAAAAUUGUCAGUAUUAUAACAUUGUUUCUGGCUGAAGUAGCAAUAAAUUAUCUUUUUAUUUUUUCACAGCCUAUUAUUUAUCCGUAUCACCUGAAAGAAAUUCAAAGGAUUUUGCAGUUUUACGAAGCGUUGUUUUCCUUCCUCCAAAAGAUAUUUGCCAGAUGAGCUUUUAUUAUCAGUUUGGUCAUGUCAAUGGUAUGCUUAAAGUUGGACUGUACCAGCAAAACAGUGGACAUAUAUUGGAAAUCUGGAACCAAACGUCUGCACAGGGGAGUCAGUGGAACAGAAAGGUUAUCAAAUUCAACAGCAAAGAAAAAUAUCAGGUUAUUAUUCAGGGAAUUAUAUUUGAUUAUACUCCAUCCAAUGAAGGCAUCGCCAUUGAUGACAUUACCUUCAGUUGUGGUUGUCUCACUAGACCAGAUCCAGCUUGUGAUUUUGAAGCUGGUCUAUGUGGGUGGCACUCUGAGGAGAUACAAGGUUCUGUGGCAUGGCAACAUAUUCAAUCCGGCAAUAGUUCUGGCACCGGUUCUGCACCACUGAUGGAUCACAGCACAGAAUCCUCACUGGGCCAUUAUGUAUGGAUAGAGGCCAACAACAUCACAUCUUCACGGACUGCUCUUCUUAGCAGUUCUGUGUACCAUGACUCAGGACAGCAUUGCCGAUUUGAAUUCUUCUAUCAAAUUAAUGGCAGAAACGUACUCACAGUACUGUUACAAACGAAGGAGGGACAAGUGAAUUUGUGGGAAGAAUGGACACCAACUGAAAACCAAUGGAUCAAAGGAGAAGUAUGGCCUCCUCCUUGCUUGAGUCAGUUUCAGGUUACAUUUGCAGGCUCCAUUCAAAGCAAGGAGGGCUUCUUGGCCCUGGAUAGUCUGAGAUUCCAUGAAUGUGAAAUGGAAUAUUUUCCAGAAUCGUGCUCACCGUCAACAUUCACCUGUGGAACAGGACAUUGUAUUCCUCUCAGUUCAGUUUGUGACUUUCAGGCCGACUGCUGUGAUGGAGCAGAUGAGGAUGAAUCAGUCUGUUCGAAGUACACAAUGUGCAACUUUGAGUCUGGUUUCUGUGAGUGGAAACAUCUCCCCUCAGAAGGUGCUGUGUGGGUUCGAGGACAGGGCCCAACAUCAGGAUUACCUAUUACAGACCACACAACCAAUUCCAGCCAAGGAAUGUUCCUCUAUUUCAAAGCAUCUGACAAUAAAGCAACAAAUACUAUUAAGAUUGGCAGUCCAGAGUUAAAGAAUCAAUUAAAUAAUGAUCUUCCAUGUCAGGUAAGGUUCUGGUAUCAAAUGUCAGUGGGAGCCAACAUGUCUAUAUAUAUUCGGACUACAGCUGGGGACAUGGAAAGAAUUAUCACCCUCUCCACACCAGUCAACAGAGUUUGGGCUAAACUGGAGGUCCCUGUAGAGCUCAGCAUAACACAAACCAGGAUACCUUUCCAGGUUAUUCUCCAGAGUGUGUUGGCAGUAACUAAUGCAUUUAUUGCAAUAGAUGAUGUCAGUUUAACUCCAGGUUGUACAAUAUCUCACACAAUGGCCUUAAAUCCCAUUUCAGAAUACAAAGCCUCCACAUGUAACUUUGAAGAGGAUAGCUGUGGCUGGUUUGAGAACGUUCCUAAUGAUAACUUUGAUUGGAUUAGAAACUCAAGUAGUGCGUUGCCUUCAAAUGUCAAAGUUCAGGCCCCAGCUCGGGAUCAUACCACCAAUGCUACCAAUGGACACUUCAUGUUUAUUUUGACUAUGAAAAGCAACAUCUUUCAGGCUGCAGAACUAACCAGCCCUAAGUUCGCUCAAUCAGGAACUGGAUGCACAAUGUCCUUUUGGUAUUACAAUUAUGGACAGGCGGUGGGAGCAGCAAAAAUGUUCCUGGAGGUUGAUGGUGUGAAGAACAGCACUGCCGUGUGGUGGACUUACAACACUCAAAGCAAUCAAUGGCUCCAAGGCUUUGUCCAGCUCGGGCGUCUAACACGGCCAUUCCGCCUGAAAUUGGUGAAAGUCAGCCUGGGCAUUUACAAUGGUGUGGCUGCAGUGGACGACAUUGUGUUUGCCAACUGCUCCUUCCCACCAGCUGUAGAGAUCUGUGAGGGCACCAAGUGGUUUUGGUGUGAACAAACUCGAGCUUGUAUUGAACGAUUACAAGUAUGUGACCUUGUGGAUGAUUGUGGUGACGGUUCUGAUGAAAUCAACUGUGAUCAGGAACUACUCUGUAAUUUUGAAAAUGGAUUUUGCAACUGGCAGCAAGCCAAGAAUGACGAUUUUGACUGGACAAGAAACCAGGGUCAGACCUCCACAAUCAACACAGGACCAUCAAAAGACCACACAUUAGGGACAGCAGAAGGCCACUAUCUUUACAUUGAAGCAUCGGACCAGCAGUUUGGAAAUACAGCCACACUCCUCAGUCCCAUCCUGGGUGCUACCAGCAGUCAUGCUAACAAGACCUGUAUCUUCCGUUUCCAUUUUCACAUGUUCGGAAAACAGAUUUUUAAGCUGGCAGUGUAUAAAAGAACCCACAGGAAUACAAAUGGAGAACAGCUUUGGGUAAAAUAUGGUCAGCAUGGUGAUAGAUGGCUAAAGGAGAUUUUAUUUAUCGAUAGUUCUGAACCAUUCCAGGUAUUAGUGAAAGGAACUGUAGGAGAUAAUUUAGGAGGAGAUAUUGGAAUCGAUGACCUUUCUUUCAUGAAUUGUAAUCUUUAUAGUGGUGAUUUACCUGCCAUAAUUCCAACAACAACACGGCCACCAAGACCUUCUACUGUUCCACCCAACAACUGCACAGUGAAUGAACUUGUUUGUAUAACGAAUGGGCAAUGUGUUGACAUCAACAAGAAGUGUGAUUUUCGGGAAGAUUGUUCUGACAAGACAGAUGAAUUAUUCUGUGCUUGGAAGUUCUGCAAUUUCAGUAACGGGGUCUCGUGUGGUUGGAAGCAGCAGGUAGAACCAACAGAAGCCAAGAAUGUAUUUCAGUGGUUCACAGGGCGAGGUUCAGACAUUCAUCCAGGAGAAGAGGGUGAUAGACCAUCUGUGGACCAUACGAUGGGCACAGAACAAGGCUGGUACCUUUAUGCUGAUAGUUCAAAUGGGAAAUUUGGACACUCAGCUGACAUCUUCACUCCUGAAAUCUCUCUUACUGGCCCAAAGUGUAAAUUGGUCUUUUGGUAUCACAUGAGUGGAGUUACCAUUGGAUCAUUACAGGUCUUCAUCAAACUUGGCAACUCUACACAGCUACUCUGGUCACAAAGUGGUAGCCAGGGUAACCAUUGGAGGCGGGGAGAAAUAUUUCUUGGUGUUCAGUCUCAUUUUCAGGUUUUCAUUAGAGCCAAGCGGGGUGUGAGUUAUAUGGGUGAUAUUACAGUGGAUGAUAUUUCCUUUGAAAAUUGUGCAGCUCUUCUGAUCCCAGACAGACAGUGCAGCUCUGAUGAGUAUUCAUGUACCAACAAAUACUGCAUUCCUAAAGAGCAGCUCUGUGACUUCACCAACGAUUGUGCUGAUCAUUCUGAUGAGCUUCCACUCAUCUGCAGUACAAAUUUGGGACGUUGUGAUUUCGAAUUUGAUCUGUGCUCCUGGAGACAGUGGAGAAAUGAUAAUUUUGACUGGAUCCUUAAACAGGGGAUUAUCUCAACACUGGGGACAAGCCCAACUACUGACCAUACACUGAGAAGUCCAGCUGGUCAUUACAUAUAUAUUGAAAGCCCAUUUCCACAUCUUCCAGGACAUGUGGCAAGAAUAUCUGGGCCAUCCAUCAGCAAGAUAAGCAAAGACUGCAAGAUUAUUUUUUAUUACCACAUGGCUGGAAAUAUUAAUGGAUCAUUAAUAGUAUACCUACAGACUUUAUCUGGUCAUCAUACGCCACUUCUCAACUUAAGAGGGGACCGAGGCUAUUACUGGCAACGAGCUGAAAUCACUCUGAGCGCUGAUGAAAACUUUGAGAUAAUGAUAGAAGGAUGGGUGGGCAAGGGCUCCAAAGGAGUCAUAGCGCUUGAUGAUAUCACCUUCACAAAGGCAUGCAUCAGUACCAAUAAUGCAUUUAACGAAACACCUACUCCACAUCCUCCAACAGGAUCCUGUCCACCCAAUUAUUUGGCAUGCCAGAAUGGAAAAUGUUAUCAUACAGAACAGAGCUGUGAUUUUCUAGAUGACUGUGGCGACAACACAGAUGAAAAAGAAUGUGGAACAUCUUGCACCUUUGAAAAUGGACAAUGUGGUUGGAAGAAUUCUCUGGCAGAUAACUUUGACUGGGUCUUGGGACAGGGUUCAUUUCAGGAUCUACGCCCUGCCAGCGAUCUGAACCUUGGAAAUGAACAUGGUCACUUUCUGUACCUUGAAGCCAUUCCUGGAGGUCUGAGGGGUGACAAAGUCCAUCUGUGGAGCUCAGUGUGGAAGGAAUCAAGUACUAAAUGCACUCUGUCAUUCUGGUAUUAUAUGUCACAGAGAGCUACGGGCCUUAUAAGAGUUCUUAUUAAGACAAGUAAAGAUCUAACUGAAGUAUGGAAUAAAACUGGAAAUCAAGGUGAUAGAUGGAAGAAGGCUGUGAUACAUCUGAAAAAUCUGCGUAACUUUGAAAUCAUAAUUGAAGGAAUCCGAACUAAGAAUUUUGGAGGUGGAGCAGCUAUUGAUGACAUUCAGUUCAAACAUUGUGCCCCAGAUAAAGGUUUACUGGGCAUUUGCCCAGGUGCCACUGAUUACAUUUGUCAAAAUGGCAAAUGCAUCGAGUCUGACCUGGUCUGCGAUUACAAAUUGGACUGUGAAGAUGGAUCCGAUGAAUCUGACUGUUCACAGUACGUUAAUGUUGCAGGAAGCUGCAGCUUCAGUGGGCCAAACAAAGGGAGUUUGAUCAGCAACUGUAGACUAAAGCAGAACAAUGAUGACAACUUUGAUUGGACCAUAGCAGACAAAAACUCCACAGUAGGAACUGGUCCAGCAACUGAUCACACACCAGGAGUUGGAGGAAGGUUUCUGUAUAUUAAUUCUUCAGCUCAACAUGAAGGUGACAUUGCUAGAAUAACCACCACCCAUUCAUUCCCAGCGAGUAUAGGAGUCUGUCACUUGCGUUUCUGGUACUUUAUCAGUGCUUCGAAAGAAAUGGGCACUCUGAAGGUGUACACAGCCGGAAAAUCUGGAAUGCCCUUGCUGAUGUGGUCAGUGUCCGAGAACAAGGAGGACAACUGGAUAUAUGCCAAUCUGAUGGUUGCCAACAACCAUCCAUUUCAAGUAGUGUUUGAAGCUGAAGUGGGUGGAGAUAAACACAUAAUUGCAAUUGAUGAUAUCUCUUUUACCCUGGGGUGUGUUGCUGGAGAAUUACCCAUGCCACUGCCAGCGACAUGUACCCCGGUCUCUUUUCAGUGCCGGCAUACACAGAUGUGCAUUCGUCCAUCCUGGGUCUGUGACGGUGAAGAGGACUGUGCAGAUGGAAGCGACGAAUCUAGUUGCUCAACGCUGAUUCCAGGCUCCUUUCCUCCUGAGCAUCAAUGUAAAGAUACAGAAUUCCAAUGUUCCAAUGGAGAAUGUAUCCCAUCUUUGUUCAGCUGCGAUGGAGUCCCAGAUUGCUCUUCCAAAGAUGAUGAAUUUGGCUGCUCUGCAAUGCAUUGCUUCAAUGGCUCUUUGUUCUGUGCGAGCAGUGGAGAGUGUAUCCCACUAAUACAGCGAUGUGAUGGUAAUGUUGACUGCAGAGAUUUCAAAUCAGAUGAAUCUAGUUGCUCGGAAUGUCCAAAUGCUUAUUGUAGAAAUGGGGGAACAUGUAUCAUUGUUAACAGAAUUGCACUGUGCAAGUGUACAAGUCAGUGGAAAGGAAAUCGAUGCCAUAUUUUGGUCAACACAGCAGGAACUCUCAGUCCUGAUCUAGCAGCAAAUAAUGACUCACUGUGGGCAGGACUGGGCACUGGCUUGGGUUUGUUUGUGCUCACUCUACUAAUUGUUUCAAUCAUAAUCGCUAAAAGAAAAGCAAGCAAGGUACCAGCAUCAACAACCAAAUGUAUUUCAAUAUCCAAUAUUCUAUACGGUGAUCACAGUGCAAAUGUGUCAGCAGAGUUUACAAUGGAGGACACCUUGCCAAGUUCAGCUAUCAGUGUUUACCCCUGGCAAACUCCAUGCAAGGUGAUCUCCAGGGUAUCAAACAAACUCACUUCCUUUUCCAAUCCUUUGUAUGAUGGUAAAUUGGAGAACUGGAAGCCACCAGAAGAAACUCCUGGAAAUUUGAAUUACAGAAAUACUUAAAAAAGAUAAAUUUACUUCGAGCAUUAUUAGUUAAAGCAGAGAUGUUUCCUGAAUAAUUCUUACUACAAUGACCUAAAGUGAUUUACUUGCUGAUAACGAAGAACCGUCUAUUUUAUUGAAUGUCAACAUUGCUUAAAGAUCUGUAAACUUUUACAAACUUUUCUAUUUGAAAUCAUUAAAUAGAGAAAUAAUGUUUUGUGCCCAUAUGUACAGCAGACACUCUUGACUAAUUAUAGUGAAUUUAAAGACCUCCCUUGAUGAUCAUAAAUUGAAUUGAUAUCAUGUUUAAUGUGAGCAAGAAGGGCCGUGUGCUGUGGUAUA